AUGAUCAAGGUACAGGCCCCGGAGCUGUACAGAGACAGCGGCGCGUUCGAGGCGAGGAAGAGGCAGUCGCUCAGGGCGCGGUACGUCUACGGGCUCAUCUUCUUCGCCACCAACCUGCUGGCCUGGUUCAUCAGGGACUACGGGGCCAAGCUGCUCGGCGGACUGCACCAUAUCCCGGUCUGUGGAGCAGGGGACUCGAAAUGCUUCCGUUCUGGAGGGGUGCUCCGGGUUAGCCUGGGUUGCUUUAUAUUUUUCUGGGUGAUGUUUGCCACAACAUUUGGAACACGCAAGCUCCAGGGAGUUCGUAAUUCGUGGCAUUCUGGAUGCUGGGCUCUCAAGUUUCUUGUGUAUGCCGUGUCAAUCGUCACCCCGUUUAUCAUCCCUAACAUCUUCAUCCAGCUCUAUGGUGAAAUUGCUCGAAUGGGUGCUGGGAUAUUUCUCAUUCUGCAGCUUAUAAGCAUGCUCCACCUCAUAUCAUGGUGCAAUAAACGUUGGAUGCCAGAUGCUGGAUCAAAUCAAUGCGGCCUGUUCGGAUUGUUCUUGUCAACUGUCUCCUUCAUUGCCUCAUUUGCCGGAAUCCUUGUGCUAUAUAUUCUGUACGUUCCAAACUCAUCAUGUGUGUUCAACAUCUUCACUAUUAUAUGGACGGCAGUCCUAGUGAAGAUAAUGAUGGCGGUGUCACUACACUCAAAGGUUAAUGAGGGUCUUCUAUCUUCUGGAAUAAUGGGCUCAUAUAUUGUGUUCCUCUGUUGGUCUGCACUACACAGCGAACCACGAACUGGAAAGUGCUACACUGAGAUGAAAAUUGGCAAGGAUGGUAAUUGGGCUACUAUAAUUAGCUUCAUUAUUGCAAUUUGCUCCAUUGUGUCGGCCACAUUUUCUACUGGAAUCGAUAACAGAUCCUUUCAAUUUCGAAGCGAUGAGAUCCGGUUGGAAGAGGAUGUCCCCUACAGCUACGAGAUUUUCCACAUUGUGUUUGCGGUGGGGGCUAUGUAUUUUGCAAUGCUAUUCAUAAGCUGGGAGCUUAACCAUCCAAUAACAAGAAAGUGGAGCAUAGAUGUUGGAUGGGCAAGCACAUGGGUAAAGAUCAUGAAUGAAUGGCUGGCAUUUUUCAUAUACGUUUGGAGACUGAUCUCCCCAGCUCUGUCAAGGAAACGACCUGCCAACGAUGAAGAGUCCGCCUCCACAAUAUAG